CUUUCUUUCUCCUCUCUCUCUCUCUCACAGUUUCAGAAAUAGUUACAGUAGAUAGAUCAAUGAUUAGGAUUUAAUCAAGAAGACAAGCUUUAUAUUAGAGUUUAGGUUUGGGAUAUGACUCAUGCUCGAGAAUGGAGAAGAUCCACUCUAUUAAUGUUUAUCUUCCUUUCUUCACUACUCUAUCUCAUUUCCGUAAAUUCCCGGACAGCGGCAAUUCGGGUAUGUCCAGAAACGCUGGCGACGACUACCUCUCCUGCUCCGGCUAAUGACCAAGAAGUUCCAGUGAAGAAAUACUUCAGCUCCGGGAAAUUUGCUCCGGUGGAUUCUUCAUUCGGAAAAGUAUUUAGUGACAGUAAAAGAACGGUACCAAGUGGUCCAGAUCCUCUCCAUAACUAGUAGAAGCAGUUUCUUGAUGUUUUCAUUUAUAUUUUAUUUUAUUUUCUUGUUCUUCUUAUGUAAUCGAUCAAUCCACAGGUGUAUUUUACCCAAAAUACUCACGUUUUCCUCUUUUAUGAAAGGGAAAAACGAAGGUAUUUUGGUGGUUUAAAUCGCUGAUCUAUAUAUAAACAUUUCA